GUGUGUCGCGAGCUGUCAGUUAAGGACUGAAAGAGGGUACCUGUGUAGACUACAGUGUAGUGUGUGCAUUUUACUAUAAGCUGACUAUUGGAAAAUUCGGUUUGGAUUGUAGUGAUAGUGAGUUGUUGCAUGUGUAGCUGAUUGAAUAUCUUGCAAGGUGGACUGAUGGAACGUGGGCUGCAGAACAAAAAGAUGAGGAGGCUGAGAAAAUGUCAAGUGAUGCACUGUACGAUUAAUAUCUGAGAUGAGGAAUAUAUUGAGAGCCAGUAACGUGACAGUGAUUUCAUAAUGAUUCUGGAAAACAACAUUUUUUCUUCAAACAGAAAAAAUUACCUGUUCUGUAGUUUGUUAUUUGAUAGGUAGUAAUUAAUUAAAAGUUUUGUGGCAACAGUGAAUUGUUGACAUCAUCUUUGACAGGAUACAUUGAUUAUAAAUUACGUUAUUUUGGAAUAUAUAUUGACAAACAAUGAAACUAUCAGCAAUAAUUUGUAUUGUGAAAUCAAAUAAGUGAUUAUAGCAGUACUUAGAAAUAUAUAAAAAUGUAAUAUACAUUGAAAACGAUGUUGGCCCUGGAAUUGAAAGCAUAAUUAUGGUCAGAAAGUAAGGUUAGAAACGUGAAAGCACUCUUCAACAAUGGGGUUCUGUGGAAGCAAAGAAGAUGCAAUGAGCGUCAAAAACGGUGUUCUUCUGAACACCUGUUUUGUGGAUGUUUUGAACAUGAUUCCACAUGCUCUUCUUGCUCUCAUCUGCAUCUUCAUCCUCACGGUGUGGAACCAUUCAGUGAUGGGAAAGAUCAAAGUGAAAACAUGGGUGCACUUCCAGGGGCACAAUCUUCGAUGGAUUGCAACGCUCGCUCUCCUCAUCAUCAACAUCGUACAGAUUGCCGAGGGAGUGAUUUCUGACUCCAAUGAUCCUGAUACAGUGAACUACCAUACAUUCAUCCCUCAGUGCGUUGUGACGGUGGGAACCAUCGUCGGCAUCACCUACUACCACAAUGUGGAAAUGUGGAAUUCACCGAAGUUUCUGUUGGUGUUGAUGGUGUACUGGCCAAGUGCAAUCACUCUCAAAGUUUUGAAAGCAUUUUCACUUUACAAAAACAACCUGACAUUAGAUUAUCUAAAACCCUGGUUGCUGUGGAUGGCUAUUGCAGCAUACCUCGUCAUCUUUAUGGUGGAGUUGAACUUGCUGCGAGUGCAGAGGUACUACUUCUUCAAACGCCCUCGACUACAGCAGCCCCCGGAAGACCUGGAGCACACGCGGUAUGCCCACUCGUACGUCAAUUUCCUGUCCAAGGCAGUGUUCUGGUGGGUCACUGACCUCAUGGUGGAGGGCUACAAACACCCACUGCAGUUUGAAGAUCUAGGACGAGUACCAGAGAGUGAACAAGCACAAACCCAGUUCAAGAAAUUACAGUUUGCAUUUGAGGAGGAAAAGUUUAAGGCCACACAGAAGGGGGGGCAGCCAUCACUGAUCAAGACCUACCUGCGAGCCUUCUGGCCUAUGCUGGUUCUGGCAGCGUUGUAUCGCUUCCUCGGGGACUCGCUCUCGUUUGUCGGCCCAGUCAUCAUUCAGUACAUCGUGGACUACGCCUACGACAUCACAGACCCAGAGUUCCACAGCAGGAACAAGACGGCCAUAUAUUAUGUGAAAGUGGACCAGUUCGUGUGGAACGGGUAUGUCCUGGCUGUUGUUCUGUUCCUGGCUACGGUGUUGCAGCAUACGCUGCUGCAGAACCACAACUACCUCGUCUACAGGGAGGGCAUCCGACUCAGGACCGCCAUACAGACUCUGGUGUACGACAAGGCCCUGAGGCUGUCCUCCAUGGUGCUCAGUAAGGGCAAGAUGACCAUUGGUCAGAUCAUGAACCACAUGAUAGUGGACUCCAUGUUCCUCAUGCACAUGUUCUUCUUCAUCCACUACAUCUGGGCCAUACCAUUCCAGGUGUUAGUGACUAUUAUCCUGCUGUAUUUCCGGAUGGGCUGGAGCGCUGUGAUAGGUGGAAUGUUCGUCGUCUUGUGUGGCCCGCUCAUCUACAUCGUCGGUGUCGUCUUGUCGCGGCUCCAGAAAAAGCUCCUGGUUCAGUCAGACAGUCGGGUGAAGAAGGUGAAUGAGAUGCUGCAGGGCAUCAAGUCCAUCAAGCUGCUGGCGUGGGAGGACAUCUUCACUCGCAGUGUCACAGAGUCCAGGCAGAAGGAGCUGCACCUCCUCUUCCCUCUACUUGUCAUCAGGGGGCUCAUUGGAUUUCUUGGAAUGGCUGCUCCGGCUGUUGGGGCAAUAUUGACAUUUAUCAUCUACCCAUACUUGGAAACGGAGCCCCUGACAGCUGGCCGCACCUUUUCCACUCUGGCACUCUUCAACAUGCUGUCCAGUCCUCUCCAGCUGCUCACCAUAUUUGCUGCAUCGUUUGCCAACGCCAAGGUGAGCGGUGCCCGACUCGUGCCCUACCUGCUGUCACAGGAAGUAGAGGGCCCUCACAUCACUGGCAACAACAAGACGAAGACACACAACAUUGGCAUAGACACUGCAGAGGAGGAGGCCAAGCAGGACUCAAUGGUGCAGUAUGAUGCCCAGACGGGCCUACCCCUGACAACCCUGACGAAGGACGAGGCAUUCUGCAGCAGUAUGAGUUCCCUAGGGAGUCACAUCUCCCACACCCCGGGACACAGCAGGCAGAACAGCGGAGCUUCUUUGAUGGACAUAUUCGACAACAAGCGUCUCAGCCUCACCCACAACACCAGCUCUGACUAUCUGGAUGUUAAACCAUUAGCUCUGGUACGCAAGACGAGCGCGCCGGUCAUCGGAUCACACACGGAAACCACCGCUGAUCGCAGGCGGAAGCGGAAUCACAGCGGCUUUUCCACAGAGGAUGAGGAUGAAUUUGCUGAUGAAUGCCUGUUGAUUGAGCUGCGCACAGUGCUUGAAAUAUCCCAGGCUAACUUCAGCUGGGAGCUGGACCGCUCUGCUCUCUCCCUGAAGAAUAUCAGUCUGAAGAUCCCCACAGGGAAGUUGACAGUGAUAGUGGGGCCUGUCGGGUCAGGGAAGUCAUCUCUGCUGGCGGCCAUGUUGGGGGAAAUGGUCACUGCAUCAGGCAUAGUGGAGUGGUCCAGAGACACUGGGAUAUCAUAUGCUCCACAGAGGGCAUGGCUGCUUAAUGCAUCGGUCAGGGACAAUGUCUUAUUCGGCAACCCCUUCAUCUGGAGAAGAUACAAGAAGGUGAUGUCAGCCUGUGCCCUUCAACAAGACAUGGACACACUCGUAGCUGGAGAUCUUACAGAGAUCGGGGAGAAGGGCGUCACAUUGAGUGGGGGUCAGAAGCAGAGGGUGUGUCUUGCCCGGGCCAUCUACUCCGACGCGGACGCCGUCAUCCUGGACGACCCGUUCUCGGCACUGGAUGCUCAUGUGGGACGCCAUGUGUUCGAGGAGGCAAUACAGCGGCGUUUGUUGCGGAGAAAGCGGUCCGUGAUCCUUGUGACGCACCAACUGCAGUAUAUUGGACAAGCCAGUCAGGUGAUCGUGAUGAAGGAGGGGGAGAUUGUGUACCAGGGUCGGCCUGGAGAUGUCAAGAAGUACGACCAGGAUCUCUACGACUCUUGGAAGAAGGCCUUAAAAGAUGCAAAGCCUACUGACGUGAAAUUGUCAAAGGAGUCGGACCUGGAGGGAGACAGGAGACAGAGCUUGACUGAGAGACCCCCGUCUGUCCAGUCCAACCUCAGUCUGACUGUGUUCAGUCGUCAGAUCUCACGGUCACAGAUGUCCGUGAUGACAGAGGCCAGUAACGAAGACAGGAAUGACGAGGACGAAGGAGAGAAGUCAAAGCAAGAGGAGAUGCAGGAGGAGUCUGGGAAGCUGAUCAAGAAGGAGCACAAGGAUGAGGGGGCUGUGAUGGCGCUGGUGUACAUGUACUACUUCCGCGCAUGCUGUGUGGCGCUGUGCGUCCUCACACUGAUGUUACAGCUCCUCCACCACAGCCUCAUGGUCUCCGCCAACUUCUCCCUGUCCAUCUGGUCGAGCAGCGCCAACAGGUUCCAGCAGAAUCUCACCCACCACCCUCCGCCACCCAACUCUACAGUGCCAGUAUUCGACAGUACCCCGCAUGUGAAGCUGUACGCAGCACUGUCGCUGUCGGCCUUGGCGGGGGCGCUGCUGGCAUCCAUCAUUCUCUACUUCACCGGGCUACAAGGGGCAAGGUCACUCUUCAAGAACAUGCUCAACAAUGUCAUUCACGUCAACAUGAGAUUCUUCGACACAAAUCCCAGUGGACGGGUGCUGAACAGAUUCACCUCCGAUGUAGCCACUGUUGACCAGAAAUUGGCAGCAAGUUUUGAGAGUUCUUUACGAUGUCUCCUGUACACGUUCUCGGCCAUUGUUGUGAACAGCAUCGCAACACCCUUCUUCAUCCUCGCAGCUCUUCCUCUGGUUCUCCUGUACUAUUUCCUCCAAAGGUUCUUCAGGAACACAUCAAGAGAGUUGCAGCGUCUUGACAGUGUCACCAAGUCUCCUGUAUACGCUCACUUCGGCGAGACCCUCGGCGGCCUGCAGACUAUCAGGGCGUACAGGUGUCAAGUGGCAUUCCGGAGGAAAGCGUUUGCAACCAUCGACUCAAAUGUAGCCCCAUUCUUGUACAUUCACACCAUCAACAGGUGGCUGGGGAUCAGACUGGAUUAUCUGGGUUGCCUCCUUGUGUUUCUGUCGGCCAUCGCCAGUCUGAGUGCGGGUGCCCUGGGGAGUACCAACCCUGCCUUCAUCGGGCUGUGCAUCAUGUAUGCCCUCAUGAUCUCUGCACUGUUGAACUGGUUGGUGCGGAUGACAGCGGAGGUCGAGAUGAACAUGAAUGCUGUAGAGAGGAUACGGGAAUACACACAGCUGACCACCGAGUUCCAAAAACACAAGGAUGGUAAUAUCCAGGUGUCAGACUCAUGGCCAGAACAGGGUGCAAUCGAGUUUGACAUAGUCAGCUUGAGGUAUGACAGUCACCUUGAUGACAUCGUCCAUCAUGUUACUUUCUCCAUCAAAGCUGGUGAAAAGAUCGGGAUCUGUGGUCGGACGGGCAGUGGCAAGACGUCUCUCACUCUGGCACUAUUCCGCAUGCUGGAGGUGUCAUCAGGGGAGAUAACUAUUGAUGGUCAGAAUAUUGCCCGGGUUGACCUUGGUGUAUUGAGGUCAAGGUUGUCUAUCAUCCCUCAGGAUCCUGUUUUGUUUAAUGGCUCUGUGAGGUACAACCUUGACCCAAGUGGGGUGAAGUCUGAUGAGGCUGUGUGGGCGGCACUGGACACCGUCCACCUCCGGGAGACAGUUGCAGCACUGCCGGCAACUCUCGAUGCUCAGGUGUCGGAAGGGGGAGACAACUUCAGCAUGGGACAACGUCAGCUAAUGUGUCUGGCUCGAGCAUUCUUGCGAGACUCGCGUAUCAUCGUCCUGGAUGAGGCCACGGCAUCGAUAGAUAUGGAGACGGACGCCAAGCUGCAGGAGGUUGUUCAUGAGAACGGCUUCAAGGACAAGACCAUCCUCACCAUCGCACAUCGAAUGGCAACUAUUGCUUCUUAUGACAGAGUUAUGGUUCUUGACCAAGGUCAACUGGUGGAGUUUGAUAAACCAGAUGUACUCAGGGACGAGGAAGACAGUGUAUAUGCCUCCCUUGUACACCAAACUAACAAGUAACCAUCACUACAUCAUUUGGUAUCCAUGGCAACAGAGGAAUUGACUUCAUCAGAUAUUAUGAAUGAUGUCUCAAUUCGUUUUAGAAAUCCAUCCACCGAUAAUGAAAUGUCAAGCGGGAUAAUAUAUUUUUGUGUGUUACCAUGACAACAGAACACUCAGCAGUGUACAUGUGUACAAGUUGUUUUGUGUUGAUAGAAUUCCAUACAAGCACAAAGGUACUAUGGAUGCCCAGUGGGGAGAUGUAGUGUUAUAGCACUAUUGUUGUUUUUGUGAUCAAGACGGGAAAUUGCUGUAAAUAGAAUAAGUUAAUUUUUUUUCCAUAUACCUCAGAAGCAGUCUCAUACUGAAUCUACACAGACUUCCAGAUGUGUUGUGAUGCUGACAGUCUGUGAUUCUGUCGUCCAUCCCAUCAUGCAAUGCUAGUGAUGUUUAUCUGUGACAUCAUCCCAUCCCAUCAUGCAAUGCUAGCCCAGCCGUGUUGUGAUGUUUGUCUGUGACAUCCCAUCCCAUCAUCAGUACUAGUUCACCGACAAACAUGUUUAGUUCAAUCCCUGACAGCAGUGAUGCUGCCCCAGAGCCACAGACGAAGACCGAGAAGAUACACACUCAUCUGUUGCUGAGGCAUCACCAGGACGUGCACCAUGUUGACAAAGAUUUGUCAUCAUCAUCUUCAUCAACAUUUGAGUGCAUCUCCAUCCACAACAGUUUCCGCUCUGUAGCCAGUGACAACAUCUUCCCCGCUAUUGUGGUAUGAGGACUGUGUGACUCUGUUUGUCCCUGGAUGGGAGAGCAACUGUGAGGUAACCAAAUGAUUAUUGCAACACUGUCACCAAACAUUGGUUGGAUCAAGGAGAUGUCGUUCGACCUGAUGUAAGCUUACUGUGAGUGAAUGUUCUCUGAUAUUACUGGUGGCAGAGAUGGCUUACCCUGGACAGUGUCAAAUUCAUGAUCAUUUUAAAAACAAUUGAUGUGCAAUAGCAUUGGCAACAUAUUUCACACUGCGAAGAAGUGGAUGAAUCCUACAACAUGAGCCUACAGGAUGACUUGUGGAUGAAUCCUACAACAUGGGCCUACAGGAUGACUUGUAGAUGAAUCCUACAACAUGGGCCUACAGGAAGACUUGUGGACGAAUCCUACAACAUGGGCCUACAGGAUGACUUGUGGAUGAAUCCUACAACAUGGGCCUACAGGAAAACUUGUGGAUGAAUCCUACAACAUGGGCCUACAGGAAGACUUGUGGAUGAAUCCUACAACAUGGGCCUACAGGAUGACUUGUGGAUGAAUCCUACAACAUGGGCCUACAGGAUGACUUGUGGAUGAAUCCUACAACAUGGGCCUACAGGAUGACUUGUGGAUGAAUCCUACAACAUGGGCCUACAGGAAGACUUGUGGAAGAAUCCUACAACAUGGGCCUACAGGAAGACUUGUGGAUGAAUCCUACAACAUGGGCCUACGGGAAGACUUGUAGAUAAAUCCUACAACAUGGGCCUACAGGAUGACUUGUGGAUGAAUCCUACAACAUGGGCCUACAGGAAGACUUGUGGAUGAAUCCUACAACAUGGGCCUACAGGAAGACUUGUGGAUGAAUCCUACAACAUGGGCCUACAGGAAGACUUGUAGAUGAAUCCUACAACAUGGGCCUACAGGAAGACUUGUAGAUGAAUCCUACAACAUGGGCCUACAGGAAGACUUGUGGAUGAAUCCUACAACAUGGGCCUACAGGAUGACUUGUGGAUGAAUCCUACAACAUGGGCCUACAGGAAGACUUGUAGAUGAAUCCUACAACAUGGGCCUACAGGAAGACUUGUGGACGAAUCCUACAAUGUCUAGGUCAGGUGGAAACGUGAUUGCUUAGGACAGGUGGAAACAUGAUUGCCUAGGACAGGUGGGAAACAGGGGUGUCUAGGACAGUCAUAGCUUUUCUACCACAGACAUGUGGAGGAAUAUCACAGUGGUGUAGACUACGGACAGUAUGUGCUUCAAAUGUUAGUGACAGCAGUGUGUUGCUGUCAAGUACUUCACAGUGAAUGGUGCGACAUGUUCAGCUGCCGUUGUGAAGAUGUGUGGCUUGUGGAUGUGUGGCUUGUGGAUGUGCGGCUUGGCUUGACAUUUGUGAACAUUACUAAGGAUAAGAUUUAUGGAUGAACAUCUUCUUUAUUACAAUUAGGAGAGAUGUUUUGGUGUAGGUUCUAACACGGUUAUCAAGAAGGUAAUAACGGUGUUAGAACCAACACUGAAACGUUGCUCCUAAUUGUAAUAAAGAAGUUGUUCAUCCAUUAAUGUUAUCCUUACUUAGUACUCCAACUAAAAUGACUCUCAAAGAAGUUAUUUGUGAACAUGUUUGACUCAUUAUGAUGCAACCUUUAUCUGGGCCGUGUUCCACAAAGUGACCGAAGCGCUACGAUUGUCAUAUAGCCAUGCCAAAGUAUAGGAAUUACAAAAGUUGAAAUGCUACAAUCGCCUUGUGAAACAGCACCCUUCAUCUUAGAGAUACAUUGCAUUUAUUCACUAUCAGGUAAUGACCGAAGCCUUUAACAAGGAUUAAUGAAACAAAUAUGUAUUGGGCCACAACAAAUUGAUUAUUUAAUUCAUAGCAUCCCUGUCUCUGUUUCAAUUCUUUAAAGUUGUUGUCUGAGGUGCUGCAGUUAACUGUGCAGAGUUGCGUCCCUUGGGCAUGCUAGAAACCUAUUGUCAUGGCUUUCGAAACCCGGUUCACUCCAGUUAUGUUUCUAGGUUUGUCACCAUCAUACCCGUGCUUGUGGGUUUCACCAACGUGGUAAACAUCUAUAACUUGCAUCACUUGGGGCUUUCCUCCAACUUUAAGCUGACAUGCCGUCAUAGGACUGGAAUACUGUUCAAAGCAGCUUUUAACCUAACUCACUAACUCUUCUUUAAGUGGGAUGGCGUGCCUGGUUUUAUCUUAAGCUUCAAAUUUACAUCCUUCAUCAUUGAAGCCCACUCACCAAGCUUCUUGUAAUGGAAGAAAGUGCAAGACCUCACUAUUUUAUCAUGGGCAAUGGUUUCAUAAAUAUGUCCAGGGACAGAAAAAAUACAUAUUUAUAUAUUUGGCGAACAAGAGAAAUCUUUUAAGAAACAUUGCGAACCAAUUUAAAAUUUACACCUCAAUAAUCAAUUAGGACCCAGUAUGCAAAAAAAAUAAAUAAUCAAUUUGUUUUGGCUUCAUGAAAUUUAUGUAUAUUUUGUAUGCCAUGACGAGGAAGACCUAUCAUAGGACAUCCAGUAGUGUCGGAAACGAAGGUGUGUACCUGAUAACCUUGAUGACUCGGGUCAUCGAGGAUACUUCAACUAACCCUGGUACUCGAGCUAACAGCUGAUUGUUUACAGUCGCCACAUUCUGACGUUUUCAUGGUAUCCAUGGAGAUUAUUGAUACAUGUAUGACGUUACCAUGGAAAUAUGUUUAAGUCUUCAUUAUGAUCUAGCUGGUAAUUUAACAGGAAUGCAUUUUCAGGGGGAAAAAAUUCUCUUCAAUCAAAGGAUAGCCUCAAUCAAAACAUAGCUAAUGACUUCGAGUAAAGUUGGAGGACCUAAUAUAAAAUAUAUCACAUAUCUUGUCAAAAUUAUUCUCUGAUAUUGUUUGUGCAUUAAUUCGAUUUUAAAAAUUCAGAAUUCAUUAGAAAUCUCUGAUUUUUUUAACUCAUUUAUGUGCAUGUAUACCCAUUUCAUAGGCUCAAAAUGUUUAUAAUUGCAAACAGUUUGAGAAACUCUUCAAAAUGCUGAUCCUUUACCUGACACAGUAUGGUAUACAUAGCAACGUCACUGACAGGUAUGUUGAGAAAACAGUCUGAAAUCCUGGGGCAUGUGUGAUGCCAUUACAUAAUAAUCAUGAAAUAUUAUCAUGGCAUUGUUGCCAUGGUAACAAUUAUAUAGGAGUUCAGACCGAUGGUGCUAUGUAGAAAUCCAUUAUUAGUAGAUUUAGGAGAGUAUCGGUUAUCAUGUAGUACUUGUAGAGUAUCUAUUUUGUAUCAGCAUUUAAUAUAGGAGUUAAUUUAUGCUGGAACUAUUUACUAGUUCAAAAACAGCUGACUCUUGUUAUGUGGCAAAUCAAGGGACUUAUUCUUUUUGCCCUUAAUUUAUCCUACAAGGAUGCUUCUGACUCUGAUGAUUCUGAUAAUGGCAUCAUAGCAAAGCACAAUCAUGAAGAAAGAUUACUUCACCAAGCAGAGAUAAUCAUUUUACUUUUUUCUGGAACAAGUUCAAUAAUUUAUUCAUGAUGCAACAAACAACUUUUUUUUUAAGUCCGAUUCUGGUUAAAUUCCUGCUCUCAUUACGUAAAUUACUACGCAUGUGAUCAAUGGUAACCAACACGUGUUAACACCAAAUAUAUAUUUUAAUUGGCUAUCUAUUUUUUAGUUAAAAAAUUCAAUCGUAUCCGACAUUUUCUUUGCAUUUAAUGUUAUCACUGAUCACUUAGAUGCAAUUUCCCCUUGAAGAAAUGACUAUUUUUAUGAAUAUGAGAAGUUACACAAAAUGUACAUGUUUCCAUACGACAUAUACUACUCAAAGAAGUUGAGGACAGUGAUUAUUUUCAUAUUGUUAUAGUUAUUCUCUCAUGGCAUGACAGAUUAAUUAUAGUAAUAUGAAAGAAUUGUGUGAUCCUCAACUUCUUUUGAGCAGUAUACAAAUGAUUAUGAUAUUUGUAGUAAUUAAUCUGAGUAUGAUAUUCCACUAACCGCACAAAAUGAAUUAACCAAAAUUUGUGACAGUAAUUCUGUCACUGACAUCGGAAUGUUGUUUGCCAAAUCUUAAUAUGUGUUAAAUAUGUUACUGGAAAGUGUUAUAUGUAGUGAACAGUACAAGAAUAUAUUUAGUGUUUUAGUUGAUAGUGUUCUUGAGAUAGUGAGAGAGGUGGAUGUUGUACUGAUUUGUACCUGACUACUCAUCAGUUGUUGUACAAGUAGUAUUGAUUUGUACCUGACUACUCAUCAGUUGUUGUACAAGUAGUAUUGAUUUGUACCUGACUACUCAUCAGUUGUUGUACAAGUAGUAUUGAUUUGUACCUGACUACUCAUCAGUUGUUGUACAAGUAGUAUUGAUUUGUACCUGACUACUCAUCAGUUGUUGUACAAGUAGUAUUGAUUUGUACCUGACUACUCAUCAGUUGUUGUACAAGUAGUAUUGAUUUGUACCUGACUACUCAUCAGUUGUUGUACAAGUAGUAUUGUUGUGUAUUAGUUGUAUGAUUGUUCUAUUGUGGUUGUACUUUAUGAUGUUGUACUGUACAAAUUCAUGUUUAUCGUUACUAUGGCAACUAUGUUAGUGUGUUCUUGUUAUUUUAAACAUUUUCCAAUGCAUUUGUCCAGGAAAUGAAAACAUGUCUACAGUUGAUAUACAUGUAGUUUAUAUUCCUAAUGGCAAAUAUAUUUUCAAACAGAUCUUACCAAGGUUUUUGCGCUUAUUAAAGACCACUAUACUUUCACAACUUUUUUUAACUUGAGAAAUAGUUAGAAAUAAUUUAUUUAGCUAAUAUAUUUAUGUUAUAAUUUAUUAAGCUGUCUUCCUCAGAGUUUAAAAAAGAAUCAUUUUGUAUCUGGGUAUUGGUUUAUUUAGUAUGAUGAUGUCUUUUUAUAUAGUAUCAGGAUUUGCAGCUGUGUGCCCUUGGCUAUAAAUUGACGCUCCAGUCAGAUUAAGAAUCAAACUGAUUGAUGUCUUUCAAAAUAUGGCGCCUAUGUACUAGAUAACACAUUGUCACUCAAUAAUGUCAUAAUCAAGGUAUGCAUUAUCUGUGGAACUGCUGGUCAUGUGUUAAUUAGUUUAGAGGUUUAGUUUUGUUUAGUAUUAAGUAGCAUCGUUCUAGGACAUGGGGGAUCUUGGUGCUGGAGACCUCCCCCCUUGUGUCCUGCUGCUCAUCCUCUUCUUGGUUAGUCAGCAUUAUUUGAUUGUCAUGAAUAACAGUCAUGGCACAGAGGGCUAUUUUGAAGUGGUCUGCAACUUCAGAAUGACAGAAGUUCAUAUCUUAAAUAUGUGUUUCAAAAGGAUGUGAAGAAAAUCAGAAUUUAAAUGACUGAAGUGACUCUCCCCACCCAUGGGCAUCGAUGGCCCAGUCGUAUAAGACAUCUAAGUUCACUGUUGCAUCUCUUGGGCACACCAGAAACCUUUGAUUGUGGGUUCGAAUCCUGGCUACCCUGAUUAUAUUUCUAGGUUUGUCAGCACCAUACCCGUGCUCAUUGGUUUCACUGAUGUGGUAGAUGUUCGAGACCUGCAUCACUUCGGGCUUUCCUCCCACAUUAAGCUGACAGGCUGUGCUAUAACAGGUAUACUGUUCAAUGCAGCGUUAAACCCAACUCACUCACUCACUCGCCCUACAAUUUCCUAUUCCUUCUUCCUGACUAUGCCUUCUCACUCUACCUGACUAUUCUCAGCAAUGAUACUUCAGUCCAAGUAUAAGCAGUGAUGCUUCAGUCCCAGUAUAAGCAGUGGUACUUCAGUCCCAGUAUAAGCAGUGAUACUUCAGUCCCAGUAUAAGCAGUGGUACUUCAGUCUCAGUAUAAGCAGUGGUACUUCAGUCCCAGUAUAAGCAGUGGUACUUCAGUCCCAGUAUAAGCAGUGGUACUUCAGUCCCAGUAUAAGCAGUGGUACUUCAGUCCAAGUAUAAGCAGUGGUACUUCAGUCCCAGUAUAAGCAGUGGUACUUCAGUCUCAGUAUAAGCAGUGGUACUUCAGUCCCAGUAUAAGCAGUGGUACUUCAGUCCCAGUAUAAGCAGUGGUACUUCAGUCUCAGUAUAAGCAGUGGUACUUCAGUCCCAGUAUAAGCAGUGGUACUUCAGUCCAAGUAUAAGCAGUGGUACUUCAGUUCCAGUAUAAGCAGUGGUACUUCAGUCCCAGUAUAAGCAGUGGUACUUCAGUCUCAGUAUAAGCAGUGAUACUUCAGUCCCAGUAUAAGCAGUGGUACUUCAGUCCAAGUAUAAGCAGUGGUACUUCAGUCCCAGUAUAAGCAGUGGUACUUCAGUCCCAGUAUAAGCAGUGGUACUUCAGUCCCAGUAUAAGCAGUGGUACUUCAGUCCGAGUAUAAGCAGUGAUACUUCAGUCCCAGUAUAAGCAGUGGUACUUCAGUCCCAGUAUAAGCAGUGGUACUUCAGUCCAAGUAUAAGCAGUGAUACUUCAGUCCCAGUAUAAGCAGUGAUACUUCAGUCCAAGUAUAAGCAGUGAUACUUCAGUCCCAGUAUAAGCCGUGGUACUUCAGUCCCAGUAUAAGCAGUGAUACUUCAGUCCCAGUAUAAGCAGUGAUACUUCAGUCCCAGUAUAAGCAGUGAUACUUCAGUCCCAGUAUAAGCAGUGAUACUUCAGUCCCAGUAUAAGCAGUGGUACUUCAGUCCCAGUAUAAGCAGUGGUACUUCAGUCCCAGUAAGGCCGUGGUACUUCAGUCUCAGUAUAAGCAGUGAUACUUCAGUCCCAGUAUAAGCAGUGGUACUUCAGUCCCAGUAAGGCCGUGGUACUUCAGUCUCAGUAUAAGCAGUGAUACUUCAGUCCCAGUAUAAGCAGUGGUACUUCAGUCCCAGUAUAAGCAGUGACACUUCAGUCUCAGUAUAAGCAGUGAUACUUCAGUCCCAGUAUAAGCAGUGGUACUUCAGUCCCAGUAUAAGCAGUGAUACUUCAGUCUCAGUAUAAGCAGUGAUGCUUGGCUCUGUUCUUUGGUCUGUGUAUAUACAAGUGCUACAACAUAUCCUACAAGACUUGGACUGUAGAUUGAUGCUGUGUAUAGUAUCAGUCACAGUGCCAGUUAAGUAUAUUGAAAAUAGAGCCUCUGUUGUGUUCAUAUAUCCAGUAUUUGAAAUCCAACUCCAAUUAUGCUGUGAUGGCUUGUUGAACAUUCAGUAUGUUGUGUUUUGAGAUGUGUUCAAAGCGUAAUAGUUUAGCAUUUUUCAUGACAUUUUAAUACUUUUACAUUUGUACAAUUGUUAACUUAAUUAUGUAUUUAGUAUACAUUAGUUGUUAGUGAUAUUCUUUUCCAUUUAAACCUAAUUUGUGAUGUAAAUCUUGUAAACGGGUCACUCCAUCUUGGGGUGAGAACACAAUGUGUUCCUCCCGAGUGGAGAGUGAAGUGGAACACAUUCAUUACAGCCGGGGACUGUGUCAAAAGUUUGUAUGUCAGUUCCUAACUGAAUAUUUCUACCACAAAGAGUAGGUGUAACAGACACUUUAUUCUCCUCAAAACUGUGCUGUCUGUACUAUAUCUAUCAUUGUGUGUUAAAACCGGGACAAUGGGGUUUUAAUGUUCUCUUUAACCAGGCUAUUUUUGCUUAAAAAAUAGCACAAAUGUCAGUGUCAGAUGAAGCAUUUUGGUGUAUCUAUAUUUGAAGAUAGACGGGUUGUUUAUUAUGAAAUCCUCACUGAAAUGGUUGUGUGCAUAAUCUGUGUUUGUUGACACACUUCGGAGCUGAACCACUCACCAGCAAACAUGUAUAUCACCUUUGGGAGCGAUGUGUGAACGUCUGGCCCAGGCCGUCACACAUGCUCCAGGGUGCCGUUCCACAAAGUGAUCUUAGUACUAAGGUGUCAUUACUCCCAUACUUUAACGUAGACCUAUGUCAGUCAUAGCGCUAAGAUCGCUUUGUGAAAUGUUCCCCAGGUGAUUUGCUUACACUGCCCUGUCCGCCUUCAUACAGCCUCUAGCAAUACACAGUGACACCCUACCUAUCCACGGGGCGGUCGGGUAGCCUAGUGGUUAAAGCGAUCGCUUGUCACGCCGAAGCCCCGGGUUUGAUUCCUGACAUGGAUACAAUAUAUGAAGCCCAUUUCUGGUGACCCUGCCGAGAUAUUGCUGGAUUAUUGCUAAAAGCGGUGUAAAACCAUACUUACGCAUGCCAACAUAUCCACACUUUGUUAUCAAGAAUUCCUGUAUUCUGGAUGAUGCUUGUAGAAAUUGUUUUUCUAAAGCUUACGAAAAGGUUGUAGCAAAAUUCAAACACGAUAAUAAAAUUUAAAUUCUUUUAUACAUUUGGAAAUUAUCAGACUGAUGAGAUAAUUAAGACAAAAAGUGAUCUGACCAUUAUAAAAUUUCAUUUAAAAUCGUAAAUUCAAAACUUCCAGGGGCGCACCUGGCUAAUUUAAGUGUAGGGCGCGCUAGGAGGGUUUGGGGACAUGCUCCCCCGAGAAUUCUUUACUAAAUUAGAUGCUCUUACGGGCUAUUUCCUUCAUUUUGGGACCGUUCAUGUUAGAUUUUAUUUGUAACAAAUAUCAGUAAUUUAUUCAUUCUAAUUUCCUUUUUUGUAAUAUAUAUACGUGUCUCACCAACACCAAAUCAACUUUCAUUCAAGAAACAGCUAUGAUGACGAAUGAAAUUUGAACAUCAAAAUCAGUCGAUAAUAUUACUUCGUAGUAUGUGAUGGUUAUUUAUUUUUUCAUAUUUGAAUGUGAGCCGACCUAUCAUUAUAAUGAAUAAGUUAGACAAUAAAUAUCAUGUUUGACUGUGUAGAAUUUGAAUUAAUAAUUCACUGCAUAGAUGGUAAACUUAGGUUACUUCUGAAAAAUUUGUGUUAUUUCAGGUGUUAUAAAUGUGCUUUUUUAGGUAUAAGCAAUUGCUUUUCUGCUAAAAUGGUAGUUUUGCCCUGACUUCAGUGUUGAGUCAUUGUUAGCAUGUUUUAGCAGUUAUAAGUGACAGACUUCAACAUAUUCAUUGAUAAGGAGAUUUGUUGGAGACAGGAGUCCAGAUAAGCAGGGUCCCACUGUAUGGGGUUUGUAUGCAUGCUGACAGGACCUGGGAAUUGUGCAAUGGAACAAUAUUUUACCAUUUGUUUACAACAUUUUAUUCCAGCAGUUUUGAUACAUCAUGGACAAUUAAGUACAUGCUAUUUGCGAGGUCUAGGUUGACAUUCCUCCAUCAGUUGUUUUAGGAAUAAAGCUUUCAAGCACCCUAUAUGUUGUAGCAGUACCAUGAGGGGUACCUGGGGUUUUGUGUGUCCCUUGUUAGGUUUCAUGUGACGAGCCAGAGGCAAGGGUAUAAAACCUGACAACGCAUAAAACCCCAUGUACCCCUCGUGACACUGCUACAAAGAAUUUAUCUUACUGACAUGUUUUAAUUUGACAUUGUAAAAGAAUUAAAACAAAUUCAAAAUUGAUAGAAAACAGCUGAUUGAGCUGAGGUUAAUUUGUGCUAUGUCAUAUGACUUUCAUUGACUUGUAAAAAGCAUGCAUGAGGGAUUUAUUCCCCCUUCCAGAAAUACACGUGCAGCCUGUGUUCUUCUUGGCGGGGUAUAAGGGAUUUAUUCUCCCUAGCGGAAAAUUUAUUUCCCUUUAAGGCGGGAUACAUAGUAUUUAAUAUAGAUGAUGUGAACCAAUCAGAUCUUAUCAUUCUUACAUGGAGGAAUGAUAAACUUUCUUUCACUCUAACAACAGAUUUCAACAUGUUUAACAUGCAUAUGGGGUCACAGUUGGAAGUAGGAAAUGAAUGUUUUGUUAAUACCUCAGAUUUGAGGUGUAUCUCAAUGACGUGUGCUCUGCUGUGACCAAUCAAAUUUGGCUGUUGCAAUGACGAUACAAAAUUACCAGGUCGGUCCAAAGUGUAAUAUAUUUGUUUUUGCAACCUUA